CGCACUAGUCUUGCAGCGAUCAUCUGAGAGUCAGAUGCAAGGAUUUUUUACUUACAUAAGCCUGGAUUCAUAAGCAAAACCACAACAUUCCUGAACUUUGAAGAGAGCUCACUGUCUGGCACAACAUUUAGGAGGAUCAGUUUUUUGAAGACCUAAUUCCAGGGAGGAGAAUGAUAAAGCAGGUGCUGAUAGGAAUCGUGUGUGGUGCUGUCGUGCUGACUGUGGGCAUCCUAAUUGGCCACUAUGGCAUCACCAAGAGCAGCAGCUCCGCACCAUCCUGGGUGAAGGAUGUGGCGAAGGAUGUGGACGAGAGCUUCAUUGAGAAGUUCUUGUCUGAGGUGGACAACAUCCAGAUUCAAGAAAAUCUAAGGGAAUUGACCAAAGUGCCUCAUAUGGCCACCACAGCUGGAGACGAGCAGACAGUGCAGUAUAUGCUGAAGAAAUGGCAGGACCCUGACACUGGUCUGGACCAGGCCUGGAGAGAGGAGUACAUGGUGUACCUGUCCUUCCCUGACCCUAAGAACCCCAACAAGGUCACUGUGGUGGACCCAAAAAAUAAAGUGCUGCACACUGCCAGAGAAAAAGAGAAGAAUUAUACUUCGGACCAGAACGAUCCUGAAGUGGUUCAGCCAUACGCUGCAUACUCCCCUGCUGGAAAACCAAAGGGGAAACUGGUGUACGCCAACCAGGGGAAGCCAAGUGACUACCAGCGGCUGAAUAACACACUGGACCUGAGAGGAACCAUUGCUAUCACCAGAUAUGGUGGAGCAGGAAGAGCUGCGAAAGCCAUCAAUGCAGCACCCUACGGAGUCAUUGGUGUGCUCGUCUACACGGACCCUUUGGACAUCAACGACGGUCUCAUGUCAGACAUCAAUGAGACGUAUCCUCACUCCUGGUACUUGCCGCCCUCUGGUGUGGAGAGAGGUUCUUUUAAAACCGACUAUGGAGACAUGCUUACACCCUACCUGGCUGCCAAAGAGGACACUUACAGAAUUCCAAUCGAGGACAUCACAGGGAUCCCUCCCAUUCCAAUUCAACCAAUCGGAUUUGAGGACGCCUACACGCUCAUCUGCGCACUAGGUGGGAAACCAGCUCCAGAUACAUGGAGGGGAGCAUUCAACUGUACCUACAACUUUGGCGGCCCAGGGUUCAAGGAUGAUUCUGUUUUCAACAGAAGUGAUGUGAAACUAGAGAUAUUCAACUAUGAAGAGGUGAAGAACUCCUCCAAUGUGAUGGGAGUUAUUAGAGGAAGUGUCGAGCCAGACAGGUAUGUGAUCUAUGGGAACCACAGGGACAGCUGGGUUCACGGUGCCAUCGACCCAAGCAGUGGGACAGCAGUCAUGCUGGAACUGACCAGAGUGCUGGGCAAGAGGGUCAAGGAGGGCAGCUGGAGGCCUCGCAGGUCCAUUAUCUUUGGAAGCUGGGGAGCAGAGGAGUUCGGCCUUAUUGGGUCUGCAGAAUACACAGAGCAAUACUUCGCCAAGCUCAGUGAACGAGCUGUUGCUUACAUCAAUGUGGACAUAGCUGUUUUUGCCAACGCCACUCUCAGAGCUUCUGGGAUGCCAUCGCUACAGAACGUCAUCUUCAAAGCUGCAAAACAGGUCAAUACACCUGGACUGGACUCCACAUCUCUGUACGACAACUGGAUCCGAUAUGCCAACAAAACAAGCCAGGCCUAUGGACUUAUUCCCAAGAUGGGAUAUCUGACAGGAGCAGGGAGUGAUUACGCUGCCUUUGUCCAUUACCUGGGUAUCACCUCCAUGGACAUUUCAUACACGUACGACCGGACUAAAACAAGUGCUCGGAUAUAUCCUGCGUACCACACAGCAUACGACACCUUUGACUACGCUUCAAAGUUCAUUGAUCCAGGGUUUGUCAGUCACCAGGCCAUUGCCAGAACAGCAGGAAAUGUCCUGAUCCGACUGGCCGACAGCCUGGUGUUACCAUUAAACUGCAGUGACUACGCUGAGACUCUGGGUGACUACCUCAACACAGCACUGGACCAAUAUCAGCAACAACUGCAGGAUAAGAACAUCUCCAUGGAACCACUAAAACGUGCAGUGGACAGCUUUCGAAAGGCAGCUGCUCAUUUGGACCAGGUGAUCCACAGUUCGGACCUGGCAAAUGAAACACCGCUGAAGGUCAGAAGGAUCAACGACCAGCUCAUGCUGCUGGACCGAGCUUUCUUGGACCCUCUGGCCUUCCCAGAUAAAUACGCAUUCAGGCAUGUUAUCUGGGCUUCAAGUAGUGCAGGCAAGCCGACCUUCCCAGGCCUGGCUGAUGCCUUUGCUAAUGCUGAGUCAUCAGGAGAGUCCAGCGCCUGGGACAAUGUGCACUACCACCUAUCAGUCCUGAGCCAGGCCAUCGAGGGCGCUGCCCACACACUGAUUGACGUCAUAUAAGGGACGAAGGAGGGAGGAACUGCACUCGCUCAGGGAUUUUUUUAUUUUAUUUUUUUAUGAGCACUGAUUAGGUCGACCAUGAUGCGACUAUUUAUGGAUGAUAUUAAGUGAGGGUAUUUAGGAAUCAGUGAACAGAGCUCAUCAUCAACCAGUAACAUGAAUAUUCUAUCUUUGUCACAGGAUUAAAAUAUUUAAAUAUGAUGAAUGUUUUUAUAAAAGCACUUCAUUAAAGCUGAACCACUAUUAAAACGGAUGUUUUUUUUUAAUGUGUAUGCCAACUAUUAAAAUUUGCUCCCACUUAUAUAGGUUAAAAGUGCCUGGUUACCUGCAGGAUACUAAAAUCAGUCUUUCUAUGUUAAGUGAAAAACAAAAAUUACAAUAACGAAGAAAAUAUCAAUACAAUUAACAAACAUCCACCUCAGUAAGGCCAUGUCCUUAUCAAAGAAAAGCUCUUUGACCUUGGUCGUAUUAAAGGAGCUCUCUACAAUAUUCAGAGCAUGUCUACGAUUCAGAAGAUGUCUGCACACGGCUCUCAACAUGAGGGUGGCUGAGCCAGCAGCAGCUAACAGCAUCAACAGUGCUGACAGAGCCAACAGUGUUAACAUGACAGGGGAACGCAGGGUAAACACUAUGCUUCCGCGCCACUAUCGUCCCGACCCAAGGUGGUGGGACGCCGUUAUCAGUGUAAACCACCAUAUGAGCACAGUGCAGAGCAGCGGUGAGUAGCUAGCCAGUGGGAUACACAUGUGACUAACAUUCAAAAGCGUUCAGACCACAACAAUGAACAGAGAAGCUUGGAUUACGACGCACGUACAAAUGGAGCGUGACUUCAUUCUCUGCUCAGGAUGCCAUUACUCCCCUUUAUCUUUACAUAGCAAGUUGUGGUUGGCAAAUUAUGUCUAGACCAGCUUUUCAAUGCAUGUUAGUAUCUAACAGCAAACUAAAAGUUUCCUGUUCUCAUUGAAAGAUCUCUUUUUUAAAUGAUCAAAACUUUAGGGUUGUGACCAUGGCAUAUGAUGGUAUUUUUAAUAUUUCAAAGAUCAAACAGCACAUUUUUGCUCGAGCAAGAAUGAGUCACAAUAGAUAAGGGACGAUGACUUGCUGAUUAUGCAGACAUUUACGUCAUCUUCAUGUGCCAGAACCAUUUCAUCUAACAGGAGCGGUAGACAGUUGUACCCCUGAGCUACCAGACUGUCUGUGAAUGAGGACAUAAGACAGACACUGCAGAGCCAUUACAGCAGAAUGAUGCAAUGUAAAUUUACUGGAUUUAUGUUCCAGAAGUUAAUAGAUCACGAUCCUCCAGUGCACAUACUGGGUUGUGUGAUGUUUAAUUUAGAAAGACUGGUGCAAAGCUUUGUCAUGAAGGCCUGUUAGCAACAUUUGUCAGCUGCAGGAUAUCUGGCUAUCAGCACUCUGAUAUGUAAAUGUUCUCAGCGACAUAAGAUCACUAUCUAAAGAAACUUAAUCCCCUAUACUGGAAAUGCAGGUGCAAAAAAUGCAAAUCUUGCACUGACAGACUGACAGACUGCAUCAAAAACCUGCUACGGGCCUCAACUGCAUCCUGUUGCAGGUCUGGAUGUGAAGCUGCAAUACUGCCUCCUGCCACCAGGGGCCAGAAAACACUUUGAGACAACCUCAUGGGCCUAGUCAGCAUUUGGGAUUACCAGUGUGGCUGUCACAAAGGCUGAGUGACAGCAGCUACACACCCAGUGAAAUCAACCGUCUGGAAAAGGCAAUUCAUUUCAAAGAUUCAUCACAUGAUAAUGCUGC